CCAAUUACGCAAAUUGCCUACACGAGUCAGAAUACCCACAUCAUGCCUUCCGAGGGAAGUGCAAGGCCGUCUGAUCCCGACACUGCAACCGCCCCUCCUUCCGAACCGCCCUACAGCAUCUUUGACAACCGACAAAAGUGGUUAAUCAUUGUCAUUGUAUCGACCGCUGCAACUUUCUCCGGCUUCACAUCGAACAUAUACUUCCCCGCUUUGCCGACCAUUGCGAACGAGCUCCAUGUCUCCGUCGAACUGGUCAAUCUCAGUGUCACCUCGUACCUCAUCUUCCAAGGCCUCGCACUCAGCAUCUGGGGCCCUAUCUCCGAUGUCAGAGGUCGUCGGACAGCCUACGUGGGCACCUUUAUCGUCUUUCUCGGCGCAUGCAUUGGCCUCGCAGAGACCAAGUCCUACGCCCAGCUUAUUGUCCUGAGAUGUCUCCAAAGCACAGGCAGUGCCAGUACCAUCGCCAUUGGAUCGGGUGUAAUCGACGACAUCACGACUCGUGCGGAACGCGGAGGCUACAUGGGGAUUUUUCAAGCAGGAUUGCUCGUUCCAGUUGCUGUUGGCCCAGUAAUUGGAGGAGGCAUAGCAGAAUCGUUAGGAUGGAAAGCAAUCUUUUGGUUUCUCACCAUUUACAGUGGAGUUUUUCUCUGCCUCCUUGUCAUCCUACUCCCCGAAACGCUGCGAUCAAUCGUGGCCAACGGAAGUCGAACCCCUUCGAACCCCUUAACCAAAACAACCAAAAUCCCAUGGCAGGAUGCCCAAACCAGCCAGUCCCAUCUCGCAGCAAAGAAACCCAUCAACAUCUUUGGCCCACUCCGCAUGCUCAUCAGCAACCACACCGCCCCGAUCAUCUUCUUCCUCGCCAUCUACUACGCCGUCUGGCAAAUGAGCAUCACGGCCAUGUCCUCUCUCUUCAAGAGCCGCUACGGCCUGAGCGAAAUCCAAAUCGGCCUCACCUUUAUUGCCAACGGUGUCGGAUCCAUGAUUGGGACUCUAGUGACUGGCAAGAUCCUAGAUGCUGACUACCGCCGGGUGAAAGCCAACUACGAGGCUUCCUUUGAGGGGGAGCACGGAAAUGAUACCACCACCCAAUCAACACGCGACGAUGACUUUCCGUUGGAAAAAGCCCGCCUGCGACUCGUCCCCAUAUUUGCCAUUUCCCAAUGUCUCUCUAUUAUCCUCUUUGGCUGUACAAUCCAAUACCCGCAUAAAGUGCCCAUUGCCAUCCCUAUCAUAUCGACGUUCAUCACCGGCUGGACGGCCGUCUCUACACAAUCGCUUAUCAUGACCUACUCGGUGGAUAUCUUCCCUGAUAAGAGUGCCGCAGCCAGUGCGAGUCUGAAUCUAGCAAGAUGUCUGUUUGCAGCGGGUGGUACGAGCUUUAUCAUGCCGAUGAUCAAUGGUGUUGGGGUUGGUGUUGCGUUUACGAUUUGUGUGGCGGUGCAACUUGUGGCUUUGAUGGGGCCGCUCAUCCAGUGGAAGUUUGCUGCGGGGUGGAGGAAAAAGGAGAGAGAGGAGGCUGCUCGACGGGCGGAGGUGAAGGAUUAA